GAAAAGGGGAAGGGCCAACCGAGGGGAACAACAUCAGCUCUCCGCCGUUCUCCGAGGUUAACUUGUCUCCUGUUGUUAUGCUCGCUCACCGUCCAACAAGCGGCUGUCGCUGAACUUCGUCCCGAGGCAACCGGCUGCGGGAGUUUCUGAACACCGGACGCUUUUAUCCGGUUGCUCCCGCCGACCGACGAGGAGAGAGAGAGAGAGAGGGCUCCCACUUCCUGCUUCUGCACAGUCAGGAUGUCAGUCACUCCUCGACGUGUCCGGCUGAAGCCCUGGCUGGUCGCUCAGGUGGACAGCGGGCGAUACCCGGGUCUGGUGUGGAUUGACCGUGAGGCCAUGCGCUUCAGGAUCCCAUGGAAACACGCCACACGUCACACACCCCAGCACGAGGACGAGGACACCAUAUUUAAGGCCUGGGCUGUGGAGACUGGGAAGUUCCAAGAGGGAGUUGAUGAACCUGAUCCUGCGAAGUGGAAAGCUCAGCUUCGAUGUGCCCUGAACAAAAGCAGAGAGUUCAACCUGGUUUAUGAUGGCACCAAAGAAGUCCCCAUGAAUCCUUUGAAGAUAUACGAUGUCUGUGAGAUCCCACAGCCCCUCAGUAACCAAGGGUCUUCAGACGCCGGUUCUUGGACUCCACAUGAUGAAGAUGGUGGUGAGGAAGAUAUUCCAGAUACACCAGAGUCUCUCCCUCCAUACCCAUCCAAUGGCACCAGCCCCUCUCCUCUCAUUAUGUGGUCUCCUAUGGGCUCAGAGUCCUCCAUGCAGCCCCCUAGUUGCCCCCCUUCAAAUGAGGUCUGGCCCAAAGAGGAGCCUGCUAAGAUCUGGCCUAAAGAGGAGCCUGUGGAUGUGGAGAUGCACCCCACACCCUUAAAUGACAUGCCCCCCACUCCCCUGCCUGACCCCUUAAUGCAGCCCCCUCCUUUACCGGACGCCCUGUUUGCCUCUCCUGAAAUGUGGAUCAGUUCACUCCCGAUGACAGACCUGGAGGUGCAGUUCCUGUACAGAGGGAAGGAGAUGUGUCCCACAGCCACCGUCAGUAACCCACAGGGCUGCAGGCUGUUCUACGGAGACCUCGGCCCCAUGGUCAACCAGGAGGAGCUGUUCGGGCCGGUGAACCUGGAGCAGCUGCGCUUCCCGACCACAGAGCACAUUGCCAACGACAAGCAGAGGGUUUUCACUAGCCGCCUGCUGGAUGUGAUGGACAGAGGCCUCAUCCUGGAGGUCAAUGGCCACGAUAUCUAUGCAGUCCGUCUCUGCCAGUGUAAGGUCUACUGGUCUGGUCCCUGUGCUCCAAAUCCAACUGCACCAAAUCUUAUUGAGCGCCAGAGGAAGGUCAAACUCUUUUGCCUGGAGUCCUUUCUCAGUGGAGUGAUAGCCCACCAGCGUGGCCAGACACCAAUCCCCCCUCAGUUUGAAAUCAACCUGUGUUUUGGAGAGGAGUGGCCUGAUGGGAGACCCAAAGAGAGGAAACUCAUCAUGGUUCAGGUCAUUCCAGUGGUGGCCCGUAUGAUUACCGAGAUGUUUUCUGGAGACAACACGCGAUCCUUCGACAGCGGGAGCGUUCGCCUGCAGAUUUCAAUCCCAGAUAUCAAAGACAACAUAGUGACCCACCUAAAGCAGCUGUACUGCCUGCUACAGACCCACCAGGGCCAGGACGGCUGGGCGUUGCCCCCUGGCUCGGGUAUUAACAUUGUCCAGGCUCUGCAGGCACAGUGAAGCAGCCCCCACUGUGAAUUAACAUAUAUCAUAUAUCUCUGUAUGUUUCACACUGCAGAGUUACCUACUGUUAGCAAAGAAGUACUUAUGUGUAAUCAUAUUUAGAAGUGUACACGAUAUACUGUAGGCUUCAUAUACUUUUCUCUAGUCUAAAUGUGCUGUGACAAUGCUUUUCUGUAUAUAGAUGUAGUGCCUUUACGCCUGCAUUACUUUGCAUUAUGUGUGCAGGGACCGUAAACAGAUCUGGGGACUGCUCGGGCCAAAGUCCUUCCUGCUGCAUGGGAGCAUUUAACAUAGUUAAUGAGUUACAGAAAUUACCCAGUGCCUUAUUUGUCCAAAAUGGGUGAGUGAUUACCAAACUGUCCUCGAGUCAAGAAACAGGGCAGAAUGAUUUUUAUCUUUUGAAGCAAUGCCUCUAGCAUGGGAUUUGUACAUUUUGGAUAACAUAUAAAUGUGAAUUAAAGCUUCUUCCAUGUAUUUAUGGCUGUACUCAGCUGUCUGAGAUCACUUUAUCUUGCCAGCACAUGUAAUUUGGUGUUUCCAUGUUUUUAACAACAAAAAGUCAAAUUUGACAGAAGUAUCUGGUCACCUGGCCUGCAGGUUCGUCUUCAGUUGUUUUAUUUUUACAUUUAUUUUGUUGGAUAUUUUUGUAUUCAUAUCUUUGAUUUUAAACCAUGUAUUGUAUCUAAACAGCCAUUUAACUCAACAACAUUCAGCUACAUGGAUCUGUUUUAAUAUGGAUGCCACUGCACUUUGGGGUGCUGAAUUAUGUUUUAUGCCUAGUUGAAUGUAAGUGCAUUUAUCGUGUGAUUGUAUGUUUAUUUUAUCAAUAAAAAUGCCAAACUAAUAUUGGAG